GCCGAAACGGCCGCACGCAUUGGACUAAAUCUGGACAUCGCGCUUUCGCGCAAGGCAUCCAGUACCACCGCAACCCGAAUGGCGACGCCGCGAAGAACGUGGCCCCCACGCGGGCGCGAAUUCUAUUUCCAAACAUUUUUGCUCGAACUGUAUAUCCCCAGAUGUCAUGGCGCCUCUUCUUAUUUCAAUACGUCCCAGGGCCCCCCCCCGGGGCUGCGCACGUGCCGCCGGCCAUGAUUUGCGCCCCCCCUGUCCUACGCCCCCCUCUUGGACGCCUUCGACUGCGUGCAAUCCCCCAUCCGCCCGGGGGUCUCGCCCACGUGUGGCACCGCGGCUCGGCGUUGUCGGCGACAUGUGGGAGGCAAACUUGGAACCGAAUGUCAUGUGUGCUACAGCGCUGUAGGCAGUGCAUGCGAGAAGGGUAAUCAGUAGCAUUGGAGCUGCUCAUCGAAGUGUGGGAGGCCAAAGUGAGGCCCGAUGGCAUCGACUACAGCGCCGGGGUCAACGCGUGUGGGACGGGUUGUCAGUGGCAGCGCUCAGCGAGACGAGGGAGGCGAAAUCCGCUACCGUCACCUACGCAGUUGGGAUAUGGGCCCCGACGCUGUUCAGGGAAAUGUUGGCGGCGAAGUUGAAGCCGAACAUCAUCUGCAGCGCCAGUUGCAGCGCGUGCGAUGGCGAGCAGUGGCAGCUGGCUCGGGCGCUGUUGAGCGAGAUGUGGGAGGUCUCUCCCUGGGUUGGAUCAGCGCCGGGAUCCGCACGUGUAGAGAGGGCGGGCAGUGGCAGCAGGGCUCUGGCGCUGCCCAGGGCGAUGUGGGAGGCGAGGUCGACGACGAUGCUGUCAGCCACAGAACUGGUACGGUGGAGGCCCAUGCCAGGGAAGACCCUGCUUGCCUCCAGGGUGCCCUGGCUCUCUUGGGUUUCGAUGAUUCCACACCAAGAAUCAGGGGACGCCCUGGGGUCUCAGGGUUGGGUUUUUUGUGGAAGAUGUUUUGUGGUCAGGCCCCUAUUGUAUUGGCACUUGUGAGGGCGGCGGGCAGUGGCAGUGGGCUCAGGCGUUGCUCAGCGUUGGCCGCUCGAUCGUAUUAUCAUCCGCUUCCUUUCCUCCUCCCCCCCGCCGCCUCCGCCCUUGGGCUUGAGCUCGAUAUCCUUCCUCCCGCUCUGUUCUUCCGCAUUGAGCUUCCUGGUUCUCGACAGUGGACGUCCUGGGG